GGCAGCGUCGGCAAGGGCCGGAAACCGGCAGCGGAACUCUUCGCCUGCUCCUCGACCGGCAGGGGACCUUCUGCAUCACCUCGGCUGCGCUGCAGCACUUGUCUGUGCUCUUGGUGUUACCGCUUCUUGAUACCCCUUGAACCCCACGCGGUUGAGGGCUGCCAGAUCCUGCACUGUGCUAUCUUGAUCUCAGAGGGGCCAGCACUCCUGGCGCGCCCUUUUCGCCAUGUCCGGCCAUCCGUCUUGGCGUUUGCUGCCGGCCUCGGCCCCUGGCAUCCCCGCUCUGCUGGUGUCGACGGCCUUCGCCGCAGACUCGUACAGCGUGCAUCUAUCCGAUCUCGCCAAUCUCUGGGUAGAGCGCAUGGAUAGGAGGCCCAUCAUUAUGCGCGGCAUGGUCGAGGACACAAGCAUCGACCCAAGCGAUGGGCCCGACCAGAUCCGAAAGAUGCUGGAGCUGCUGAGGGCCGCCUUCGACAGCAGCGACCCCGAGCACGGGAACACUUCCCUGACCCUCGCUCGUGGCGAGGACGGCGACUCGCUUACUGUCCAAGUCACCUGUCUGCUCCCGAAGCCCCUGAAGCCCUUCAGGUGGCCCCUGCACCUGAAAAAGUGCCCCCAAUCCACCGUCGCCUCCGAGCUUGUGCUCCCCAUGAUACAGGCCCACGAAGCCCGUACGGGGGAGAUUGCCGAGCUUAUUGCGCUUCUCCGAGAAAAGGAUGCCGUCAUCACCAGACUGAUCGACAAGCUGGAAGCGACGGGCACUGGCCUCGAGCACGUCUUCAACGCGCUGUCGGGGAAGCGCAGGGUGACCAGAGCCACUGCCGAAGGAAAAGUGAAGGGCCUUGCUGUUUUUUCCGAGUCAGAGUUCAGAAGCAAGGCUACCGACCUGCGCCCUGUCGCCCAGGCAUCCGACGUCUCCGCACUCCUUCGCUCCGUCUUUGGCGGUGCUGGUCUGCAAUACAAGUCGGAUGUGGAUCUGGAAGCAUCCACUGAAUUGGAUAACUGGUGGACAAAGCUCGCCAAGGGUCAAACCAUCGCCUUAUCCGAGCGAGCUGAGAAAAAGGAAACGCAAAAACCCUCGAGAUCCCAGGAGCAGGAGCCAGAGCCACGCAACGAAGAGGAGGACGACUUUCAGGUUCAGGCCACUCCGCCAGGCGUCCGGUCGGCAAGGAAGAGGGACAGCGCUUCACGAGCAGCAGAUGACGAUGAGACAUCCGAUGGCGAAGACGCAGCAACAACUACAGCCGCCCCGGCUCCUCCGCCAGGGGCUCGGGCGGCAGGCUCCCGGCUCGGGGCAAUAGGCAAAAACAAAAAGCCGUCUCCAUCCCCGCCUCCUCCAAAGGCUUCUCAAAGAUCAUCCACGACCGAGACCAUCCCUGCCGAUAAUAACUCGGAGACGGCCUCCGAGCCCGAUGUGAGCGACUCGCAGCCCGCUUCUCCCCGUCCACCGCCGAAGCCAGCCGCGAGGCGCGGUGGACUGGGUCUCAUUGGGGGGAAGCCGAAGCAAGAGAGGCCAGCUGCCAGAUCACCCUCUCCGGCCGCCCCGCCCGCGGCCUCGACGGAGGAAUCCAGCCAGCUACCGAGACGGCACAAGCUGGGCAUGAUCGGGAAGAAAGCGCCGAGUCCCAGCCCGGAGGCGUCAGCAGCAAGUGGGAGCGACCACGCGAGAGGCAGAAGCAAGACACCCGCCGCCGAGGCCAAGAAGGAUCAGAUACGGGAGACCUCGCGGGAGCGGGCGGACCGCAAACGAGCUGAGCUGCAAAAGGAGAUCGAGAAGCGCGCGGCGGCGGGACCGGCCAAGAAGAAGCGCAAGUUCUGAUGUAUUGAUACCAGGACGCUGGCGGUUUUGGGUUACCCUUUUCCAUCCUAGCACUGUGCCUGCAUGUAUUCCGUGCACUCGUUACUUUUCAUAUCACAUAGGAUGCUGAAUGCUACGUGAUUGCCGUUGCUCAAGCAGUUCUAUGCCCAGCAGCCCUGUCUACUUGGCCAGCAGUCUUGUUCACUUGUUCACUC